UCGGCAGUAGCGCCAUGACGCACCACCGGGUCGGAUGUUAGAGCAGCUCGGAGCGCUCUCAGGUUAGAAGAGAUUAUACUCUCGCGUUUCGCGCCGACCACGAGUGUACAUUUAGCGGUAAUGCGAUUCGUGACGGUCGAAUAAUAUUUGACACAAUAAUAUUAUCAUAAUUAUAACGUUAAUGCAUCGGAAAGGAGCAGACACCCGAUCGUGACGUUUUGACGGUUGCUGUAGCGAGAGUUCGUAGUAGUGUGAGAGUAUUGUUACGCGGACCCUGCAGAUCUUAUGCAUUAUUUCAUCUAAUCUUCAAUAAUAAAAGAUAUACAUGGUUUGAAUUUCAGAUUACAAGAAAUUAACGUGAAAUAAACACACUCUCAAAAAUAAAGGUCAGUUUGAUCGUGAUCGACUGAUUGCUUUUUGAAGAAUUUGCUGUGAUAGUUCAAACCACCUACAUAACAAGUAGGUCGUGUACAAUGAACGAAUGAAUUGGUCGCGGCGGACGACUACUACUACGUCAGCGGUACCAUCAUGUACAGCGUGGUAGCGCAUCAAAAUUACGGCCGGGAACGGCGGGACAACCGGCAACAGACGCAACAGCACCAGCACGGGUCGACGUCGCAACAGCACCACCACCAUCAUCACCACCACAGUCACCAUCACAAUCAGAACCAUCAUCACGGUCAGCAAGCGGGUGGAACAGGCUCCGAUGGCUGCGGCGGUGGAGGGGGUGGCGUAGGAACUAGUGGCGGCUCAUGUGGUGACGGUUCAUCGCGACAACAGGCUCAACAACACCACCAUCAUCCGGACGGCAGGAAACGGUCGCAGAGACAUCGGAAUCUGUCGAUAACCGGACGUUUCCUCAACUAUAUCAAGCGCAGGUUCAACCCAGCACAAGAAGAAGAUAUUGAUGAGUUCAAUAUACAUGUAUCAAGGUACAGACCAGAGGAGUUAACAAAGCUCACAAAAAUCACCAAGUUCAAUAAAAAAGAAAUUCAACUAAUUUAUAGAGGUUUUAAACAGGAAUGUCCUACUGGUAUGGUAGAUGAAGAUUCAUUCAAACAUAUAUUCUCACAAUUUUUUCCUCAAGGUGAUGCCUCACAAUAUGCCCAAUAUGUGUUCAAUACAAUCAAGAGAAAUCAAACUGGAAAAAUUAGUUUCGAGGAUUUUUUGGCCAUAUUGUCCAAAGUUUCUCGAGGAAGUGUUCAGGAGAAACUUCAUUGGAUUUUUGGCUUAUACGAUCUCAAUAAAGACGGAGUUAUAACAAAAAAAGAAAUGCAAGACGUAGUACAUUCCAUUUAUAGUAUGCUAGGGAGACAUACUGACCCACAUGUAGACGAUCAAUCUGCAAAAGACCAUGUUGACCGAAUUUUUCAUUUAAUUGACAAAAAUAAUGACGGUAACGUGACCUUAGAUGAGUUGAUCGAAUGGUGCAGCCGAGACGAAGGAAUACUUCAGUCGCUAGACACGUUGGACACUGUUUUGUGAAACGAACCACGCUCGUCCGACGUCCCACGCGUAGGCAUGAGAGAUCGGGCGAGCUUAUUCAAUUGGUAGACACACGAAAUUAACUUAUGUGGUGACGAGAAAGAAUUAAAUUUAAAAAAAACAAUACACACAAUCGAAAAACUCCGCUAGAUGCCUGAUGCAGCGAUCAUCAUUUUUGACUUAUUUAAAGGAAAAACUUGUCAGCGUAACUUGUUAAUAAAAUGUUGUCAAAUCUCCAAAUAUUAACACUACUGUCUACACAUACUCAUUAUAAUAUUACGCAGUUAAAAUAUUGAUGAAUAAGGAGAAUGUCGCUAUCACAAUUAUUUCAAUACGUAAUACGUAAAAUAAAUAAUAAUAGACCCUAAAUUCUCGAUGCAAUUUUAAAUAGGUUAUAAAACCUUAUAUUAUGAAUUUAUGAAUGAACUGCAGUUUGGCUAUAAAAUGAGUAAUGUUUGCAAAGAGCUAUUUUAUUAUUGUGCCUAAGUUGUAGAAAGAGACAAAAAAAUAUUAUGCUACACGCUGACGUUAUAUUUUUAACAAUGAUUGCUGCACGGCCGUCGAUCGGAUAUAAUAUAUGAUAUACGCGGGCCGGAAACAAUUGCAUCGUUAUAAUAAACAAUAAUAAAUAAUAAUGUAUUGUACCAACUAUGCCAAACACUACCGCCGGAAACGCAUCUAUCUGUAUAUCCAAUACCGCAUCUAACCAUAUUGGUUUACUAUUAUUGUUUUAUAGUUUUUCGCGCCUAAACACAACACAUAAUAUAAGAACCUAUAAUUGGCUUGAACCGAAAUAUAAUUAUGUAUUUUUAUCGAUUUUUAGAAUUUAAUAAUAUUUAUUAAAUAAGAUAAAAAAAAAAUGUUUUUAAAUAUAUAUUUCGUUCGCAGUAAAUAAUGUAGUUGUACAAUAUGAUAUUUAUAUUGUAAUUGUGAAGUUACUAUUACUUAAUAUUAAAAUAAUUCUGUUUGCUACAGGGUAAUCUAAAAAUAGUGUCCAAUUUUUCUUCCUAUUGGAUACAAUAUUUUCACGUUAUAAAUAAUUAUAAUUUAUUGUAUAUUAAAAUCGAACAAACGAUAAUUUAGUACCUAAUUCUUCAACUA